UUCUAUGAAACUCAGUCGGGUCAGCACUGACCCGGUUUAGGUCUAAGUACGUAAAACUGCACAAACGUGCAGAACUGAUGUAGAGUGGACCUGCUGAGACGCUUCAGUCAUGAAUGGAUCUUCAGGAUCUGCUUCUCUCCAAUCUCCAGGAAGGUCUUCGGCAGCUUUGGAUCACUCAGACGACUCGGGACCAGUCCAGAUGGUUCUGUGCUUGGACAGAUAUUUGGACCUCUUCUGUCCUGGUUUAAGACCGUACCUGAACUUGGGGUUCUGGUUGUUGAAUGGUCAUCUUAGGCACCAGAAGAUCCUACUGAUGUUUGGACCUGAGGAUUACAGUGAACUUGAACUUUACUGUACCACCGCUCAAGGUCCAGAAGAACCAGAACUCGGUUGGUUUAUAGACUGAGACCACAGACAAGUCUGUCUGUCCUGUCCCUUCAGCUCUUCAACCCGGACUCAACCCACAUGGACUCCAGAUUCUGGUUCCAAGCUGAGUCUGUAUCCUGUCUGCCACAUCCGACUCUCUACAGAGUGGGCCCCACCCUCCCUAGCUGGCAAAAUGAGCACCACAACUCAUAGAGAGGAACAAAUGGGAGGAGCAUCCCCCUCCCUCAGGUAUUUAUGUGGAGGCGGGUCGGCGCUCACCCGCAUCGCAGAAGCAGCAGCAGAACGGCACACUGGAGCCCUGGUACUCCUACACCCACUGGUUCCCCAUGGCUUCAGGCCAUGUGAUGAAGGAUGGCGGGCCAGAACCACCGCCCCCCCGAAUGCAGCCGGCCAUGAUGAUGUUCUCUAGCAGGUACUGGUCCAGGAGGGGACUUUCACUGGACUCAGCCAUGUUUGAUCACCGGAACCAGAACCUGCCGCAACAGAAGCACACUGGCGGGCAGAUGUCAAGGCGAACGUCCUUCUGUCCCAUCAACGAGAGGCCAGACCAUGAGGCUGCAGAGGAUUCUGGGAAAACAGCAGUUGUGUUUUCUCUGAAGAACGAAGUGGGCUUUCUGGUCAAAGCUCUUCAACUAUUUCAGGAGAAGCGGGUCAACCUGAACCACAUCGAGUCCCGGGUUUCAAAGCGGGUUCCUAAUGAGGUGGAGAUCUUUGCAGACUGCAGCUGCAGUCAGAAAGAGUUUGAGGAGCUGCUGCAGCUUCUCAGAGACAGCGUCAGUGUUGUGUCCACCAACACUCCAGCACACGUGUGGGCAGACGAUGCAGAUGAGUCCAGAACACAACUGAACUCUUUUUCUCACAUUUUUUACAUGCGUUGUGUUUCCUCAGACGAUGAAGACGUUCCUUGGUUUCCCAUGAAGAUCUCAGAGCUGGAUCAAUGCUCCCACCGAGUGCUGAUGUACGGAUCUGAGCUGGAUGCAGAUCACCCUGGUUUCAAGGACGAGGUUUAUCGCCGGCGCAGGAAGUACUUUGUGGAGGUGGCCAUGAAUUAUAAGUUUGGGCAGCCCAUCCCUCGUAUUGAGUAUACCCCAGAGGAGGUGAGAACCUGGGGUGUGGUGUUCAGAGAGCUGACCAAGCUGUACCCCACUCACGCCUGCAAGGAGCACUUAAAGAACCUGCCGCUUCUCACCAAACACUGUGGCUACCGAGAGGACAACAUCCCCCAGCUGGAGGAUGUGUCCAUGUUUCUCAAAGAGCGUUCGGGCUUCACGGUGCGGCCCGUCGCAGGCUACCUGUCUCCUCGAGACUUCCUGGCGGGUUUGGCGUUUAGAGUAUUCAACUGCACCCAAUACAUUCGUCAUGGCACUGACCCGCUCUACACCCCAGAACCGGAUACGUGUCAUGAGCUACUGGGUCAUGUUCCUCUGCUGGCUGAUCCAAAGUUUGCUCAGUUCUCCCAGGAAAUCGGUUUGGCUUCCUUAGGAGCCUCUGAUGAGGACGUUCAGAAACUGGCAACGUGUUACUUUUUCACAAUCGAAUUUGGACUCUGCAAACAAGACGGUCAUCUGAGGGCCUACGGAGCCGGACUGCUCUCCUCUAUCGGGGAACUCAGGCAUGCUCUGUCUGACAAAGCCUGUGUGAGGAUGUUUGAUCCGAAGACAACGUGCAACCAAGAGUGUCUCAUCACCACCUUCCAGGAGGUUUACUUUGUCUCUGAGAGUUUUGAGGAGGCCAAAGAGAAAAUGAGGGAGUUUGCAAAGACAAUUAAGCGUCCAUUCUCUGUGUACUACAACCCGUACACUCAGAGCGUGGACCUGCUCAAAGACACGCGGAGCAUCGAAAACGUGGUGCAGGACCUGCGCAGCGACCUCACCACUGUCUGCGACGCUCUGGGGAAGAUGAACACCUACCUGGGCAUCUGAAGCCCCACCCCCUCACUCUUCAGGCUUCCUUCAUGUCUGUGUCGCUUCUGCUAAGCAUUUCUCUUCAUCAUUUAUUCAUGUGUAACCUGAUGUUCUGUGAGUCGAAAACAGAACCAAAAGGUCCAGUCAAAACCACCCCCUGCAUACUCUUAGAACCGGACUUGGUGUGGAUGAAGUCCUCGGUUAAGAGUUCCAAAGUAUGCAGGUGGAUCCUGAACCUGGUUCCACCUGUGGUUCAGGACCAUAGACUUUUAAAACAAUGGAACAAUGGAAUCGAGGUGUGACGUCACCCAUAGAGAAUGCCUUACCCCAGCUCUCGCGAAAUCAGGCAAAAUCCUUCACCAUUGUUUCCUGAUAUGGGCACCGCCAUGUUGAAAACAGUCAACAGUGAUUGGUCGGAGUCGCUCUGAGUCAUCAUAUUAAUGGCAAUGCCGACAGUAGUUGCCAUAGAUACAUUGACUUAGAUCGACUGGUUUCAACAUGGCGGAGCCAGUAUCAGGAAGCAAUGGUACUUCCUAUUUGGAAACAUGAGAAGGGAAGGGUUGAGCUGUCCAUUGUUUUCACAGUCAAUGAUCACGACACAUAGUGGUUUCAUCUUAUGUGUUUUAUUUAGUUCUGAGUGUGUGCUGGGUCGCCUUGCUCUGUUGUGUCACGUUGUGUUCCUGUGACGUGACCCAUGAAUACUUUCUGCUGUCAAUCAGACCUGAGAUGUACCAAUAAAAUGAUUCUCUGGA